UUUCUACGCCUGACGUUAGAAAACUGAUAGAUGACGAUGGUGCAAAGUCAAAUAGUUCGCGAGCGCUCGACCUCCUGAACACACUUCUGUUUGUAGUUGUCAUGUCACGUGACUAAACAAUAUCAACUCGCAGCAUCAUGUACAUGUAUAUAUGCAUAUGGCACUAGUAUAUUAAAAGAAAGUAGACAACUUAAAGAAAAUCGUGAUUCAAGUAUCAAACUGAUGGAAAACGAAUCAAAAGUAUAAUGUCAGGACACGACUCUGUACCUAAUGGUUCACCUGAAACUGCGAGUCCAGUCAUCCAAGUCACACAACCGACCAGCAGCGCAACAACCCACGAGGAAUCCAGCUACGACAGAUACGUGCGCGAGGGCAAGGACGACCGGUGGUAUUACCCGUGGGACAAGGACAUGUGUCGCAUGUGUGUGCUCAUGUGCCUGUGGUUCGGCCUGUGUCUCGUCUUCCCGUGCUCGCUGUGCAUCACGUGGUGUCGGGACAUCAUCUGCUGUGUAGACGAGGGACAGUGGGACAACACCUGUUUCGGCGCGUGUAUCUGUGGUAUUCCCAUAGGACGCAGUCGGAGGCGGGGGAGGGUGCGGCACGACAGCACGGACACGUACGGCUCCGUUGUACAAGCAUAAAAAGACCAUGCAGCCCCGUGUUCACUGACAGCGACCGAUGCCAAUAUUCGCAAAUUACUUGACUGGUCUCCGGCGUGGUCUGUUUGGUUUAAAAUUAAUGGAUGAAUAAAUGAAUGAAUGAAUGAAUGUUUAACGACACCCUAGCAAUUAUUGGGUUCACGUCAUCAGAGCAGGCCGACAUACUGGACGUCUUGUAAUCUGGCAUACAUAUGAAUAAAUGCAUUCUUUUACAGUA